AGAAAAAGAAAAAAUCAGAAAAUAUAUUUUUUUUUCCGUAGAAAAUUGGAGCUUCUCCCUCUUCAUCGUCUUCUUGAAUCUUCCAUUUCCGGAUCGCGGAGACCAUGAGCCCCGCCCAUUUCAACGACCACCACCACGCCCCCCUGUUUCCGCCGCCGCUGAAGACGAACCGCGACUCCCGCUCCAUCAAGAAACCCUCGCCGUCCUCCUCCUCCUCCUCCUCCUCGACGACGGCGGCCGCGGCGCCGCUCCUCGCCUCAGCCCCCGCCCCCGCCUCCGCCUCCGCAGCCGCGCCGAGGCCAUCGCAGCAGCAGCAGCAGCAGCGCCACCCGGUGAUCAUCUACACGCACUCGCCGAAGAUCAUCCACACGCAGCCGCGCGACUUCAUGGCGCUCGUCCAGAAGCUCACCGGCAUCUCCCGCUCCUCGCCCGACGACGAUCCGAAGCCGCCGCCCCCGCCCCCGCCUCCGCCGGCCGAGGCCUUCGCCAACAGCGGCGAUGAGGCCGAGGCGAAGACCUCGAAGGCCGGCGGCGGAGGGGAGGACAACGAGUGCUCGUCGGUGAUCACGGAGGAGAACUGCAGCAGCAGCGUCGGGGACGGCGGCCAGGUGAACUCCUGCUUCGCCGUGGCGGCGCCCGGCUUCGAGGCCGCGAACGGCAACGGCUCGUACCUGAGCAGUCAUCUGCCAUUCGUGCCGCCGAAUAAUGCGGCGGAUUUCCUGUGCUCGAACCAGCCUGGCUUCUACGAUUUCAGCGAGGCGACGGCGUUCGGUUUUCCGGCGAGCAACGUGAGGACGAGCUACAACGUGUCGUCGUACUCCAGUUUUGAAAGGACGAACAAUUUUCGCGAAUUUUGAAAAAAAAAAUAAUUUAUUUUUUGGUCUUGAAAUCUGGUUUUCCGAUUAUUUUUUUUUCUUUUUAAUUUAGAAUCGAUACGCAUGAGAAAAUUAUUGUUUCUUUUUUUUUUCACUGGGCCUUUUUUGGGGAUCCGUUGAAUGCCAAUAAGAAAUUUCAA